GUGGGCCGGACGUGCCAGUGCCAAAGUACCCCGGGGCGGCUGAUCGCGAGAAGAUGCGCGAGUUUGCAGAGCAGCUGCAGGACUUCUAUCGCGCAGGUGGUCAACUGCCCAUCGGCGACGUCAUGGCGUUGUUGCAGGAUGCAGAGACGUUUUUCACCCAGCAGAAGGCCCUGGUGUACAUCGAGGUGCCCAAAGGCGAGCAUCUCAACGUGGUGGGGGAUGUCCAUGGGCAGCUUUUCGAUUUCUUGUCCAUCUUCAAGCAUCAUGGCCUGCCCA